UGGUGCGCUGCGGGGCCGAAGAGCAACAAGCGACACGCCGUAUGUAGCCAGACACGUCCCGCUAUUGCGCUAGAUCCAGACGCGAUCUUACAAAAAAAGAAAAAAACGGAGUGAAUAAAAACAAUAUAAUACACAUAUCAGCGCGCGAUGGUUAUUACUGCGAUCAUCGUGCUCGGCGUGCUCGGGUACUACUUCGUCUAUGCCGUCCUCGUACGCUUCUUCGACUGCGAUAUCAAGCUCUUCUUCUGCGACAAAUUCGGCAAAUCCGUCAAUACAUUAAGUGGUAAGGUAGUAUGGAUAACGGGAGCUUCCAGUGGAAUUGGUGAACAUUUAGCUUACACUCUUGCCAAAGGAGGUUGCAAACUCAUCUUAUCAGCUAGAAGGGAGAUUGAAUUACAUAAAGUCAAAACUAAUUGUUUAGCAGCUAAUCCAUCACUGCAAGAUCAUGAUAUUCAAGUGGUGGUUUUUGAUGUAAGACUGAUUGAUUCUCACCAAAGAAUAUUUGAUAAUGUUGUGUCAAUUUUUGGAAGACUAGAUAUUUUAGUCAACAAUGCUGGUAGAAGCCAAAGAGCUGUUUGGGAAGAGAUAAACAUUGCAGUUGACAGGGAAGUCUUUGAUUUGAACACAUUUUCAGUUGUGUCACUAAGCAGAUUGGCAAUUAAACAGUUCAAGCGUCAAGGUAGUGGUCACAUUGCAGUUACUUCAAGCUUAGCUGGGAUUAUAGGAGCUCCAUUUUCUGGUUCAUACACAGGCUCAAAACAUGCCAUCCACGGAUACUUUGAUUGUUUAAGACUAGAGAAAAUGAAUCAAAAUAUUACCAUUUCUCUUAUAUGCCCUGGACCAGUACAAACUGAUUUUUUGGCUGAAAGUUUUACUGAGCAAGCUGGAGAGAAAUAUGGAAUUCCAACUGAUGUUGCAUCAAAUAAAAUGUCUGCUGCUCGCUGUGGAAGAUUGUUUGGAGUUGCUCUAGCUAAUAAAUUAGACGAGGUAUGGAUAGCUAAAGCCGGUGCUUUACAACUAACUUAUGCAGUCAAAUAUUGGCCAAACUUAAGCGCUUUGUUCAUGCCAUACGUUGGAACAGCUAUGAUUCAACGAAUGAGAGAUUCUAAAGUUACAGUUACUGUGCAACAAUAAUCAAAUUCUACUUAAUUAGAGAACUAAAUAUUCAUUGUCACUCAUUUCUUUCAAUCAUUUUUGCCAUACAUUGUAUUGUGAUAUUUUUAAUGACAGGAAACAAAGAAAAAAGCAUUUUGUACAAACUAAUUUAUAUUUAUAA